AUGGGUAGCACGCAACAACUUGAAAACCUAAAGCGAGAAGGAAUCGGAAAACAACAGUUCGAUAUGGAGAAUAUUUUGACAAGGUCCCUCUACCGAGUUCUAAAUAAUACGACUCAUGUUCCUACUACAAUGUCGUCCAAGAAUCAAAACGUAGACAAGACACAUUUCUCAGACAGAAAAUCGACUGUGGCAAUAGCACGUCCAAACAAUCAUCAAAUUGGAAAUGCAAGUGUAGUUGAUAUGGAUAUGCAAAUGAGGCUUUUGGCUCAAGAAAUUUGUGGUCGAGUCGAGCGAAAAUAUGAGAGAAAACUAGAUGAAGCAAGAGAACGAGAUAGGCGGGAUACUGAAAGAAGACUUGUUUCGAUACGGUCAGAAUACGACGCGAAAUAUCAGCUACAGUUGGGAAAACUUGAAAAGGAAAAAGUUCGUCUUCUAGACCAGAUCGCAGAAAGAGAACGAACCCUUGAACAUCGAAUGGAGAUGCGUUCUGCUGAAAGAGAAAACGAUCUUGCUGCAAAACAAAGAACAGUAGAGAAUCGAGCAAUCGAACUCACUCUCAACAAAGAAAACUUUAAAAAAACCAGAGAAGAAUGGCAACGGAAAAUGGAUGGAGAGCUCGAAGAAUUGCGAUUGGAGAGGGAACGGUUAGAGGUUGCUGCAUCGAAAACUACGGAUAGAAGAAGAUCUGAAAUGGCGAUCGAGGCUGAAGUAAACAUGUGGAAGAAAAGAACGUCGGAGUUGGAGCAUGAUGCGAAUGAUACCAGAAAAAGAAUAGGGGAUUUGAUGGAAGAGAAUUUUCACUUGAAAGAUCAAACACGGUCAGUCAGUCAAGUCAAAAGAGAACUGGAAGUUACAAUGAUGUCAUUGAAUGAAACAAGAGACGAAUUGUCAGCGAGCAAAGUGGAAAAUAGGCGAACCGGUGAUUAUGAUCAAAUAAAAGAAGAAAACGAACAGCUGAAACUGGAAGUGAGUUACUUAAUCGAACGGCUUCGUCUCAAAACCACACAACGCAUCCAAACUGCCGUCGAAGAAACGAUUGCUGAAUACUCGGCAAAAGAAUCAAAGUGGAGAAGGAUUGCCGGGUUGAGUCAGAAACGAAUUGAAGUUCUCACGGAAAAACUGAAGGAUUCGGAAAUCGAGAGAGAUUUUCUACGACAGGAGAGGAAAACAAUGCAGAAGAUGGUUGGAAGAGGAGGUAGCUUGAGUCAUAAUCAGAGUCAAAGUCAUCAUAAAUCCAAUUCAAAAGUCAUGUUCCAAUCAAUUUCUCGGUCUAACUCAACUUCUUCUUUGUCUGAUGGUGAACUGGAAAUUCUUAAUAUCCGUCAAAGGAUCCAGAAUCUCGAUGUGAUUGCAAAAGAGCUAGAUGCGUCUGUCGAACACUUUUCUUCUGGAACUUCCCGCAAAACAUUAGAUAAAAAUGAAUCUAAUGUGGAGCUCUACGACGAUUUCUGUCGAGCACUGCACAGCGCAGUAUUGGAUGAGGAAGGAUCUCCUGUUCAUAUGACGUCAUCACCUCAGAAACCUUUGAGAAAUACUCAUCGUUCACAAGCAAGUCCAGUUCAUUCUGAAAAAGAUUCCGAAGAAGAACAACGAAAACCGGAAGAAAAUUCCUGGUUGAAACGUGGAAUGCGAGUCGUCUCUCCACCAGCGAUUAAAAAAUCAUCACAGCCAGACAGGACAGUCUCACUUGCCGCUGUUAGGAAAAUUGAAGAAUCAGAAAAUAACAAGAACGAAAUAUCUUUGACAACAAAACCCGAUGAACCGGAGAUGUCUGAUUUCGAGAGAAGAUUGAAAGGUCGAGAAGCUUCAAAAGAUCAAACUGAGAGACGGAGUCGAAUUAUGGAGUUGGCUACUCCUUCAAAACCAUCGCAAGAAGUAAGUACAUCAAUCGAAGGACCUCCCAAACCGACAUCUACUGACAAUCCCAUGUUUACCGGGGUUGAUCCAGUUAUGGCAGAGUACAUGAAGAAAGUUCUAGCCGCCAGGGCUCAAACUCCAACAACAAACACGGUUGAGAAUCCUACAGUACAAACGUCUCCUGUUGCUGCUGAAGUCCCACGAGGACGAGAAGUUGAAGUUACCCUAGCUGACGAAUUGGAUCUUGAGCUAGACCAACCAACAAAGGCAGACGAUGAAUGGUGGUGA